AUGACACCGAGUUCUUUGUCCCCGCAUUACGCGGCUCAAUCUCCUUCAGGACGUAAACCUGACUUGGUAGCGAAGGAGGUGCUGGAAUGGUGGCAAACCAACGGAAAGCACCCGUUCAUCCAGCCCCACAUCUCGUCACCGAGUAAUGUGGGUGCGAACUCGCCAGAGAACUUACCACUAGGUGAUAAGGUCCAGCUCAUUCGACUACCAGUAGCUUCACCGUCAGCCAUUAAAGAGUUCAGUCAGGUUAGCAGUGAAGAGCCAGCACAUCUCACCACAGCAUGGAAGAAUCUCCCUGCAACGGUCGCAAGAGACGCCUCACUAUGA